CAGGGCUGAUAGCUGCAUGGAAGGUCCUGCCUCACCCCCUCUGCUCUCCCUCUUUCUCUCUCUCUCACACACACACGCACACACACUCACUCACUCCCACACACACUGUCUGUCUUCACAGUCCCCAGCUACAGAGAGCAUCAUCACACACAUACAGGAGGAGCAGCAGCAGCUUCCUCAGCCUGACAGGAGACGCCUCUCCUCUUCACCACCUGGAUUGUACGAGAGGCCAUCUGAGGACGCGAAGGCGCAAAGAAAAAGCAACGCUCACCGUCAGUGGAGGAGAGAAAAAAAAAAAUUACAUUGAGGAUAAAGCCUCAUCUGAGCCGGUGGACUGAAGGCACAGCCAGUGGCACUGCAGAGGCACAACAGCACAGUGGGCUAAAGCUUCGCUGCGAGAGGUAAAAGAACAUGCGAUCCCGCAGCAACAGCCUGGAGGAUAUAACCAAGGCCAAGCUAGUGCAGGCAGACACACGCAAGCGAUCUGCCGAACGAGAGGAGCCUUCGGGAAGGGCCGAGCGCCGCAGCAGAUACCGCGAGCCGCCAGAUGACACCGGCACCAUCCAGCGGAAUCACAAAACGGCCAAGAAUAGCUCCUGCUCCGGCGGGAGCAGCAGCAGCAGUGGUGCCACGAAGGCCGGUCGCAGGGAGAAGGGCAGGGACCUCUCCCGGGAUGACCUCGUCUUUCUGCUGAGCUUACUGGAAGGAGAGCUACAGGCCAGAGAUGAAGUGAUCACAGUCCUGAAAGCAGAGAAAAUUGACUUGGCCCUGCUGGAGGCCAAAUAUGGCUUUGUCACACCACAGAAGGUCCUGCAGGCUCUGCAGAGAGACGCCAUCCAGGGCAAGUCUGACGACUUCCAGGAGGACAUUUAUGAGAGGCCCAUGGUUGAGCUGGAUAAGUUGGUGGAGAAGCAGAGGGAGACGCACCGGCGGAUGCUGGAGCAGCUGCUGAUGGUGGAGCAGUCGCACAAACAGGCCCUGUACAAGCUGGAGGACGAGAAGAGGAACCACGGCGAGUUCAUGAAGAAGAGCGACGAGUUCACCAACCUGCUGGAGCAAGAGCGCGAGAGGUUGAAGCUGUUAAUUGACCAGGAGAAGGCGUACCAAGAACGAAAAGACGGAGAGAACGACAAAAAGGUCACGGGUCUGAAGGAGGAGCUGACAAAACUCAAGUCGUUUGCGUUGAUGGUCGUGGAUGAACAGCAGCGUCUCACCGAGCAGCUGAAUCAACAAACGGCUAAAGUCCAAGAACUAAGUGCCAGUGCCUCACAAGCCCAGGAGGAGCUCAGCUCAGCUAAUGCCCGUCUGCAGGAAGAGGAGCAAAAGGUCUUUCGCUUGGAGUCUGAGCUACGUGACCAAUCUUGUCGAUACCAUCUGGAGCAAGAGACCAUGACUGCCAAAUUGACCAGCGAGGAUGCCCAAAGCAGGCAGCUGCGCCAGAAAAUGUCAACUCUCAGCAGGCAGCUGGAUGAGCUGGAGGAGACCAACAAGACCCUGCGCCGAGCUGAGGAGGAACUGCAGGAGCUCAGGGAUAAAAUUAGCCGCGGCGAGUGUGGAAACUCCAGCCUUAUGUCGGAGCUUGAAGAACUACGUAAGAGGGUCCUUGAAAUGGAGGGAAAGGAUGAAGAGUUGAUCAGAAUGGAGGACCACUGCCGGGACCUCAACAAGAAACUGGAGAAAGAGGCCAAUCAAAGCCGAAGUCUGAAGGCUGAAGUCGAUAAACUGAACCACAGAAUUAUGGACUUAGAGAAAUUAGAGGAUGCGUUCAGCAAGAGUAAACAAGAGUGCAGCUCACUUAAAGGUAACCUGGAGAAGGAGAGGACAGUGUCAAAGGUUCUGACUAGUGAGCUGGAAGUCUUAAAAGUCAGGGUGAAAGAUCUGGAGGCAGCUGAAACCCAACUGGGAAAAGCGGAGCUGACACUGAGGGAAGAUCUAACAAAGUUAAAGACUCUCACAGUCAUGCUUGUGGAUGAGAGGAAAGCUAUGGCGGAGAAGCUUAAGCAAAUGGAGAACAAGGUCCAGAACAGCACCGGCAAACUUCAGGCUGAGCAGGACAAAGUUACAUCAGUCACAGAGAAGCUAAUUGAGGAGAGUAAGAAAGCACUGAGGUCGAAGGCUGAGCUGGAGGAGAAAAUGUGCAGUGCGACAAAGGAAAGGGAUGACUUGAAGGCCAAGUUGAGGCUCGAGGAGGAAAAAAGCAUGGAUUUGGAUUCAAAGAUAAACAUGAUGAAGAAACGGAUGCAAUCCAUGGAGACCAAAGAAAGGGAAUACCUGAGGAACAAAGCUAAAGAGGAGCACAUCAAAACACCUAUUGCUAACCGCUUCCAACAGGAAGAUAACAAAGUUCAGGAUUUGACGCAGGAAGUGGAACGCCUCAGACGCAAAUUGAAGGACAUGAAGGUGGUCGAGGGUGAUUCAUCAAAAACAGAGGAGUUUGAAUCACUGGAGAAAAGACUCACCAACGAACAAGAGAAGGCAAAGGCCUUGAUGGAGGAGCUGGAAAUAUCCAGAAAAGAACUUUCACAGUAUCAACUGGCUGAAAAGAAAGAGUGCAACCAAGAGCAUGUUCUUUAUAGGCGCUUGAAGGACGAGGAGGCAAAGUCCAGUCAUCUGAGCAGAGAGGUGGCAGCCUUGAAAGAGAAGAUACACGAAUACAUGGGGACAGAGGAGUCCAUUUGUCGCAUGAAAACUGACCACUCAUCACUGCAAAGAAAACUGACCCAGCAGGAGGUCAGAAACAAAGAACUGGCCAGAGAAAUGGAGACGCUCACUCGAGAGCUUGAAAGAUAUAGGCGAUUCAGCAAAAGUCUCCGCCCUGGGAUGAACGGAAGACGCUUUUCUGACCUUCAUGUUGCCACAAAGGAAGUUCAGACAGAGCCACAAGACCUCAUGUCUCCCAACUGCAAAGCAGUGGCACCACUGGAGCGUGCCGUGGUGAACGGCAAACUGUAUGACGGGAGCGAACCGGAAGAUAAUGCAAAUUACAGUAACGAGCUUCAGCUAUCCAAAUGCAGCCCCUCACUUAUGAAUAACGUGAAUAACCUAAACAACAACAUGAGAAGAGCACGAGUCCCAUUCCUGAAAAACAAAGACACCCCCCAUCAGGUGAAUGGCAAAGUGCAACCGCGGCAGAAUGGCAAUCACGUCCAGCCCGGAGAUGUCGUUCUGACCCACAGUCCUGGGCAGCCUCUGCACAUUAAAGUGACUCCUGACCACGGACACAACAGAGCAACGCUCGAGAUCACCAGCCCAACCACAGAAAACACCCAGUCAUUCACCAGCACUGCCGUCAUACCCACAAGUGGAGGUCCACCCAAACAGAGAAUUACCAUUAUUCAGAAUGCUUCCCUAUCCCCUACUGCAAAAUCCAUCUCCCCAACAACAAAAUCUAAAGGUUCCCCAUUGUCCGAUGAGCUGUGUUCACCAGAUCGGGCCCUCUCGCCUUUCACUAUGGCCACGUACUCCAGAGCAAUGACCCCAGACUCUUGUGGCUCCGACACACCAGACAGAGCCAUGUCACCGAUACAAAUCGUGUCUGUCACAACUGGCACCCCUGACCGCUCCCUCUCCACGGAGCCAGUGGAGGUUUUGGGAGGGCACGCCGUCUUCCGCGUGACCCCUGAAAGGCAGAGCAGCUGGCAGGUCCAGAGGUCCAACAGCUCAGGACCAAACGUCAUCACCACAGAAGACAACAAAAUUCACAUUCACCUAGGCAGUCCUUUCAUUCAGAGCAUCAGCACCCCGACACAAACGCUGAGUCCAUGCCACACGCCCGGACUCCAAGAGCAAAGGACUCAGGUGCUUGCAAACUGCAGUACUCCUACUGCCAAAGGCAACAGCAAAAUCACAAGUAGCAUCAUGAUUAAACCCACCUCCACCCCAAUCCAAAGGCCAUCACAAAUUACAAUACCUCUAGAAGCAUUCCGACGAUCAGGACCUACAAGAAUCCCCAAACCGAAAAGCUACAGCGCCCAGAAAGGGACAAACGGCACGGCUGCGAAUCCAGGACAGCAGAACAAGAGUCAUCUCACCACAGGGAAAGAGCAGCACACACACAUGCCGGCAGCAAACAACAACAACCCCAAUCUAGUGAAUCGCAAACUGUGACAUCACUGAUACUUCUUCCCUUUUGGUUUUUUCUUUCAUUUUUUAGGGCAGAAGAUCAGGUUACAUAUAUAUUCACUUCCACUAAUAACAUCCUCAUGGUGACUUAGACCUAAAAUUAGUGAUUUUGCUUAGAAACUACCUGCAAAAGAAAAAUAACAGUCAAAACUGCUUUUCUAAAUCGUUUUACUUUAAUUCAACUGCAAAUCUUUUACCCAAUCCUCAUCUCUGGUGCUCUGAAAACUGCAAAGUGCAGCUGUGUAUUGUUUCUGUACUCACACUGAUAGAACAAACAUUUGUAGGAAGUAGAUUCAUUUAAUAAAUGAGAUCAUUAUUUACAGUCACAGCUUUGUGUGAGGGUGUCACUGUGAUCAAAGUGAAUAAAACUGAAUAUUAGAACACCCAGUGUGAUAUACUGUCAUAUUAUUGAAAGUGAACGUGCAUUUGUACUGUAAGUAUCUGUGUCCAUCUUAAAUACAGAUAAUGAAACAGUCAUUGAUCCAUUUCUAGAGAUGGAACACGUUUUUUAAAGAAUAAGUGGCAAUAAUGUACAAAAGUGUAAAGUGAAUGUGUUUUAACGCGGCUAAUUGAUAGCGAUAAUCUCUCUAAUGUGACAUUUGUGUUAUUUUUGGUUAUCAAUAAAGACUUUUUAUACCUUGAGCAAGAGAAUGGUCUCCGAUCUGAAUAUAUAUUGAAAAAAGAACAGAAACAAUAGCCCACGAGAAACUAUGAUGCAUUCAUGUUGUGUUUUUUCUCUUUCCUUUUGUAUCGUCGCGAAAACAAGUCAGCCAAGGGCCAAUAUCCACCUGAAACGCCUCAUUUGAACAGAUGCUAUUGUUACCAAGGCUACAGAAGUGUUUACAGCUGAUUAGGGAGCCUCUGGGAAGGUUGGGCUUGUGCAUGAGCUUAAAUAAGAGUAUUUGAGACAAAUAAUGUGCAUCUUAAAUGUUACAUGUCACCCUAUUCCAGUGGAGCCCAAAAUCAAAAUUAUAAUGAAAACAAUGAAAAGCAUGCAAAUUAAAACAUCUUUACAUGUGUCUUUAUUAACACUGACCAAUGGGGAUAUAAGUUUAUAAUGUUGGACAUAUAAGUGGGGCAAUGCAACACAAUUUUUAUGAUUUUAUAUAAAGAGUAGUCAUUUAUAAGAGAAAUGCUGUGUGAUGCAAGAAUUGUCGAGUUAGU